CAACAUAAAUAAUCACAAAAAGAAAAAAUUUGAAACUUUCCCAUUCUAGUACAGUAGCACUCCUUGUUGGAGCAAAGCCCACUUUUGAAUAGGGGUGCUUAAAUGGUUACUAUGGUUAUAACCAAACCAAAUAAGGUUAAAUUCCAUUAACCAUGGAAUACAAUAUUAUAACCAAACCGUCUAAACUAAUACAACAACCAAAUUAACCAAAUUAAAGUUUAAUCGGUUUGGUUAAUUGGUUAACCAGAUUAACUAAUAUAAAAUCACACUAUUAUUGACGAUGAACAUGAACAUGACCACUUGGAGAUGGGUGGAACUGAUGGAUGGUAGAGAACCCAAUUCACUUCUGUAAAUGUGCUUUGGGAGCAUAUCCGCCAUUUCAAAUGCUCAGCUGUGCCUGUGUGAGAUAGCUGAUGCCCUAUAAUUUCUUCCUCCCUCAAAUAAUUAAUUUUUAUUAAUAAUUAAUAUGAUAAAUGAGCAAGAAAAAUGAUGAGGUGGAAAAAUAAAUUUAUUUUAAUUCCCACGUCAUAUAGUUAACGGUCAAAUUUUAUAGUUGACUGCAGUGCAGCCAAAAUCGUGCAUUAAAACGUAAAAACUUACUUUUUUACGUAUCCAGGACACCAAAACGUUUCAGUUUCUACCUAAAGUCGCUUAGUCACAAAAACCAGUAAAAACAUGGGUAAAAUCGAUAAAAUCUCUUAAAAUUGGUAAAAUCGCGAUUCUGAAGCGUUUUUAUAUGAUUUUGAUCAUCUCAUAAAAAUGUGCUAAUUGGCCCAAAAUGAUGUAAUUUUGGAGACAUAUCAACAAAAAAUAAAAAAAAAGGAAAACAUGAUUUAUCACUCAUUCUACAACUAGUGUCGAAAUAGGGGCUUCAUAUUAGGUUGAAAAGACACAUAAUGGUAUUCUCAACAGCCGCUGACCUUCUAUCAGUCUUCUCCCUUAAUCUUCACAUGUGGCUCUUACCUGAGUUACGAUGAAAGUUUAUGGGUAAUUGAUCGUAUGUAAUUAUGUAAACUCAAACCAGCUUAUGAGAAUUUGGAUUCUCAAGCUCGUUUACGGGUUACGAUCUACGUUUAUGAGCUUAUUAUUAAGAUGCUAUGAGUUUUCUCUACUUAUGAGUCAACGCAAAUUAGUUUAUGUAUUAGAUAUUACAUUUUAAUUAUGAAUUUCAUGUAGUUAUCCACUUAUCUUAAAAUCUACACACUCACAUUUUACAUACUAUAUGUUGUACUUAACAUAUUUUAGCUAUUUUAGAGGGUGCAUCAAAAACUAAUGAUUUUACGCUUUGAUUCUACGUUUUACGAUUUUACCCAUUUUCCGCUUCUAGGUAGAAUCACGCUUUUAACUGCAUUGGUUGACUGUCACGUAUGAAAAACUUAACGGAGUGUAAUGGUCGGUGGCUAACGGUGAAACGAUUCGUUAAGUUAAUGGCUAAUAAAAAAGAAAAGUAAUUCGAGUGAUAAACAUGAAAGAUUUGUAGAAUUUGAGUGACCAAACGUGUAAUUUAGCCUUAUUAAUACACACAAGGUUAAGACACCGUUAAGCGUCCACUUGUUAACAUAUCGUUGGGCGACACAACGGUUAAUAAUAGACCCGUAUGCACAGAAUCGAAAUCCAAGUUCCAUUUCCCGGCUCAGGUAAUAUCUCUGUUUUUCUAAUCCCUCCCAAAAUUUUGCGAAGCAGACCAAGGCAACGAUUCUCUUGAUUACGACCGGCGCUUAUCAUCUACCCUCCGGCAGCUUCCCGGUGAGUUCUUCCGGUUUGACGAACGAAAGUAAUUUAGCGUUAUCUUUGUUCGCAGCCUUUGUCCAAUAAAGGGACUGAACUUGUAUCGCGAUUGAGUUGGCAGUGUUUGGUUCUCAAGAAAUUCUUUGAUGUUUAUCGCAAUUGUUUCAGUAAGCUAGAGGUAGAAAAUGAAAGGAAUUUCCAACUCUCGUCUGAGUUUUCCAUGUGUUUGGUUGAUUGAGAAGCUUCAUAAUUCCUCCCAUUUUCGGUUGCUGGGUAAGCCAGGUAUGCUUCGAGGGCAAGGUCUGUCAUUGAGUACUCUAACAACGUACGGUAACUGUGGGAUUGCUGCAUCAAUUCCAUCUUGGAGGAGACAAUUAAGCGUAGUAUGGAAGACCCAUAUGGAUUCUGGAACUCGUUCCAACUGGCCUUUGAGCUGGGAUGUUCAAGGCUUGGUCUCUGUGGGUAACCCCAAUGUAUUGGGGAGAAGGAGCUUGAGAGUUGAAGCUGGAUGGCUUUUCGGUAAGAGUACCGGGAACGAAGAAGACUCUGGUGCAAGCAUUGAGGGUAGUGAGAGUGCGAAUGAAGACAUUCUGAUUUUCUUUUUCCAGCUCGAUCUGGCAACUCGUGUCCAGUGUGCUCUGAAUAUGGAACAGUAUGACAUUGCAAAUCAGCUGAGGAACAAGCUUACUGAGGUUGAAGAAGAGAUUAUGAAGCAGAAGGAAACUAAAAGAGGUUCAUCCUCAAAGAGUGAAGCUCAAGAGAAAGCUAUAAAUAUAAUAAGACUACGAGCAGACCUACAGAACGCAAUUGAGAAGGAAGAUUAUGCUUUGGCAGCUGAGUUUCGGGAUCGGAUUUCUAAACUGGAAAAGGAUUCUCUGGCUGUAUCUGCAGAAGCUCUGGCAUAUGCAAAUGUGGAAUAUGGAUUUCGUUUAGGGCAGAAAGUGAGGCACAAAAUCUUUGGUUAUAGAGGUGUGAUUUGUGGGAUGGAUCCUGUUUGCUGUGAAUCAAGUUCAUGGAUGGAAGCUGCACAGAUUCAGAAGAUGGAUCGAGGUCCUAAUCAGCCCUUUUACCAGCUUUUGGUCGAUGUGCAAGCAGAUCCAAAUUUACUAGUGACAUAUGUUGCUGAGGACAAUUUGGAAGCUCCAGAGAAACCUGACUUGGCAAGGUUUGACCAUCCCUAUACAUCCUUCUUAUUCUAUGGAGUGGAUACAGCAGGAGACUUCAUCCCCAUCAAACAACUGCGCGAGAAAUUCAAUCGCCCACGCCAUGAAUUGCCAAUGGACCCACCAGAUGAGAACUCUGGAGGUGGUAAACCCUAAAUGGUGUUAAAAGCUGCUGAUUUCUGCUUCCGGUGAGAUUUGGGUCCGUAUGUACUUAUAAAGGGUUUCGGUUAUUAUGCUGCCCCUGGGGAGGCUGUAAACAGGGUUUGACACUGUCAGAUCACCCUCCUCAUGUGAGUUCAGCCAUUGGAUGGAUGCAGGUGGUAUUAUUUACAAACUUGCCACCGCGUCAAUCCAACAAUCUGAGGUGUUAGCAUAUAUAUGUUAAAAGGGGAGGUGAAUGAAGUGUCAUGGCAUUCUGAUCUUUGAAACUUUUUUUUUGUGUUUCCAGGUACUUGGAUGGGCCUCUAAUUGUAUGUUGUGGACUGCAGAUUCUAUCCAGUUAGCAGCAUCUACGUUCGUACAUAACUCUUGUAGAUUAAUGCAGUAACUGUUUUUAUUACCCUCUCCUGAAUGAUUUCACUUCGUUCUAUAAACGCUUGAAAGAUACCGAUGUAUCAAUCCAUGGGUGACUUUCUCAGCUCCACCUUCAGGUAACGUCAACCGUUCCUGAGUUCAUCAUCAGGAUUCAUAACUUUGAAAUGGUCCAGCCCUAAGUACUGAUGAUGACAGCAGAUAGACUUUUGUUAUUGUAAUGGUCUGAAUAGUUAUGGGAAAUGUGACGCACGGACAUCUGUUGUUUCCAUUAAUGUUAACUGUUGAAGUCAGGUGAUGAGACCCUAAUAGUGGAAGAACAGUACUAUAAUUCUAUACUAGUUAGGGCAGUAAGUUUGCUGAGACAGGUGGGUGAUUGGUGACGGAGAAAAAACAAAAUAUCAAAUCGAUGAAGAUAGCUUGGGCAAUCUUCAUACAUAAGACAACAAAUCGGAGGGACAAACUAUUUGCUUUUAGUUUAUGGACCAAUGUGACAUACAUAAGAUACUAUGUGGAGGCGUUUGGGCUAUGGCAAUUACCUUUUAAUUUUGGUCUACUAUUAGGAAAUCCGUACUAUCAAGAAAUGAACUAUUUUUUAUGUUAAUAUUGACUGGGUUUGAUCGUCAAUAUUUAUCAGAAAAUUCAAUCAAUGUCGACGUGGCAUUUUAUAUGGAAUUUUAAAUAUUAAUAUUUAUUUAUAUUUUCAUCUAUAUUAUUAAAAUAAAAAAUAAAAUGUUACCAAAAUUAGCAAGUAGACCAUCGUUUGGUCAAGCGUUAUCAACAACGGUUAACAAAAUUGUCAGGACAUAAAUGACACAUAACUAUCAUACAUUGGGAGAUAAAUGGAAUAUUGAAUAGUUCGGGACACAAAUGACACUUUCUUUAUAGUUCGGGUUUUCUAGUGGUAUUAGCCAUUUAAUUUUCAAGAAGGAAAAUGUUUUUCACAAACCAAAGGUAGAAGAGUUUCUACAAUAGAAUCACGAUCAGUGAGGCGCCGUUUCAACCUACAAAUCUUACCUCCGAACCGCAGUUCAGUGCCACCUUCCAUUCCUGCAGGAUUCAUGCUGGUUCACUUUGACGGUGCCACAAAAGAAUCAUUAGGUGGUGCAAUUGUUUGCAGGCUUCUUAGACCAACGGGGGAUUUCUUUCGCUUAUGGUUGUUUCUUUGCGGAAACUUCUAAACCUUUCCUCUUGGAGUUAAUGAUGCUUCGAGACGCCAUGCGCUGGUGUCUUUCUCAUUCCAUAACUAAUGUAUUAUUCUGCGGUGAUUCGCAGGUCGUGAUCCGGAUGGUCUCAGCGAAUGACUCGUCUCACGCUUUGGGGGUGCCAUUCUGAAAGAGGUUCAGGAGUUGCAAACAUCUCUCGCGCAUGUAUCGUUUCACUUUGCUCUCCGUAGGUAUAACUGGGUUGCUCAUACAGUGGCAAAAAAAGCCCUUUCAUCAAUGGUUUAGCAACUGGUUGACCAUCGUUUUGCACUUUUUUCUUUAUACUGACCUUUCAUGGUCUUGUAUAUUCUCGUAUCUUGCUAUUUCUUCCAAAAUAUCUUUGAAAAAAAAAAAAUCUUACAGAAGACACACGGAUGAGGAUAUAUCAACUACUACUAGCAGCUCCGCGAACACCUGAGAUGGCCUAUAAGAUUGCUGAACGGUUUGGCACAUUGAUCUGGGUUGAACCUAGAGAAAAUAAAAGCAAGGAAUGACCAAGUGAGACUAGAAAAAACAGCAGACAAAGACAGAGGACGAUACCCUCUCAAGGAAGACAUCAGAAACUAUGCUACAAGUUCCAGAUAAUGAAAACAUGGUCUUCAUAAUAGGAAGAAUUGACACAAAAUUGGACCAGAAAAAUAAAUCUGGAGGCUGGCAAAUACAUAAACAAAUAAUAGGCAAAAAAAAAAAAAAACCGAAUGUAUCACAAGUGCAGCUCACGCCACAAAAGCAAAGUUUUGGAGGGGCAAAGGAUUUGGUUAAUCGAGAACCGAGUGGAAGGUGGGCAAUGGCACAAUUGUACGUGGGUAUCGGGCCGUGCCGCCCACGGGCUAGCACGGCACGAGCACGGGCACGAAAUAAAUGCGCCAGUCCGGCACGAGCAUGGAUAAUUUAUGGGCCGUGUCGGGCCUAAACUUCAUUGGCACGGGCACGGCACGGUAUAUAAGUGGGCCGUGUCGGGCCUAAUAUUUUCGAGACUUUAUUGAGUAAAAGAACGGACAUGGUACCAAAAUAAUAUUUAUUUGAUAGACAAUAAAUAUGAAAAGAAUUAUAGGUUCAAUAUUACAAAACACAAGUAGAAAAAUAAUUAUUUGUUGUUGUUAGAAGUGUCAUAAAGAUAUAUACGUAAUUACUAACAUAAGUAAAAAUGGACAAAGAAUUAAACAAAGCCAAAUCACAUUCGCUGUACUUUCAAUUUUCUUUUCCCGCUUAUUUGUUACUUUUCUCAAACAUUAUCGGUUAAUUUACGCUGACCUGAUGCUUCUUUACGCUGAAACCAAUACUAUGUGCAUAUGUCUUGUAAAAUUCAUAAGCAUUAUCAUCACCAUCAAACUUCAUACCUAUGCAUGGUACUUCAAUCUUUUCAUUAAUCUGAUUGGUGUGCUUUUUGAAAGUUUCUUAGGGAGUCCUAACAUCUGUUCAUGAGAAAAAUGACAUGAGAUGAAGAAAUAAAGUCAUAUUAAUCUACUUACAAAAAGUCAUCGUUAAUCAUAAGACUAGAAAAUUCAAACAGUAAACACAAGACUCAAUG